AUGGUCAAGUUUGAUCCAAGACCACCAACCCUCGCUUCGGGCCUCCAAGAGCUUGUCCUAAAUGCUACCAUCUGCCUCGGGCAGUUCUUGUCUCAGGGCUCGAUCACAAUGUCCCUAAGUACAAUGAAUUCCAUUUCAGAGUCGUUUUCCAAACUUCGUGGUGAGGAGAUGCCUCAGUCUCAACAAGUCUGGUUUAUGGGUUCGUAUGCAUUGACCUUGGGUACUUUCAUUUUGGUCUCUGGACGGUUGGGAGAUCUCUUUGGGCUUAAGAAGAUAUUCAUAAUUGGCUGGUUCUGGGCAACCUUGUGGUGCCUAAUAACUGGUAUCUCCUAUUACUCGCAUUCCUCGGAGUUUUUCAUUGUUUGUCGUGCAUUCCAAGGUAUUGGGUUUGCCUUGAUUCUACCCUGUGGUAUGGGUAUUCUUGGAACGGUUUACCCCAAUGGAAAGCGUAAGAACAUGGCCUUUGGUUGUGUUGGUGCUGCAGCUCCAGCAGGUGCUACCAUUGGUUGUCUUAUGGCCGGUGUAGUGGCUCAAACAUGGUGGUGGCCAUGGGCAUUUUGGCUUCUCAGCAUAACGUGUUUCAUCCUUGGGUGCUUUGAGCAUAAGCAGCCUACGUUGAAAGAGGCUUUCGAGAAGUUUGAUCUCGUUGGCUCAGCGCUAGGAAUCGUGGGGCUCAUUUUGUUUAAUUUUGUUUGGAACCAGGGCCCUGUGGAUGGCUGGCUGUCGGCAUACAUCAUUGUGCUUUUGGUCGUCAGCGUGUUGCUCAUAGUGUUCUUCUUUUUCUACGAGCUUCGCAUGGCCAAGUACCCACUCUUACCGCGGGGAAUCUUCACAUACCGAGUCGGUCUUGUCCUUUCGUGCAUGGGUUUUGGAUGGGGUCUGUUUGGUGUCUGGCAAUACUACUACUGGAGUUUCAUGUUGAACUUGCGUGAAUACACACCAAUCAACACUGCACUUACUUACAUGCCGCUUCUUGUGUUUGGUGUGGUGGCGGCUCUUAUCGUUGGUUUCUUCAUCUCCAAGAGAAAUGCUCCAUAUAUUAUUUUCCUAGCCAUGGUUGGUUUUAUGUGCGGUGUGAUCUUCCUCAGCAUUCUCCCCAUUGACCAAUCCUUUUGGCGUCUUUCAUUUGGCCAAAUGUUCUUGCUAACAUGGGGCAUGGAUUUCUCCUUCCCUGCUGCAUCGUUGAUUUUGUCUGACUUUUUGCCAAAAGAGCACCAAGGUAUGGCGGGCUCUUUGGUCAACACUGUCGUCAACUACUGUGUGUCUUUGUUUUUGGCUAUGGGCAGCACUGUGGAGUUGGAAGUUUUGGGUAAAACCAAUGAUGUAUUGAAAAGUUACCGAGCUGCUGCCUACUUUGGUACUGGCAUAGCAGCCUUGGCGGUGAUAAUAUCGGUCAUUUUCAUCCUCACGGAACACGGUAGUGAAGAGGUUCCUGAGUAUCAAAGUGACGAAAUGAAGGUUUCCAGCAGCAACGAAUUUAACUAA